AUGACCGACACAGUGAUGGGCGGCAGCUCGGAUCGCUGGGUGUCCAACGACAGACAGAAGAGCAUGCACGCCAACGAUAAGGAGCAGGGCACCUGGACCAUGCAGGCGGGCCCCGGCCCUGGUCCUGACCUGACAAAUGAAGAGAAGGAGAUAAUAAACAAUGUGAUUGCCCGGGCUGAGAAAAUGGAGGCCAUGGAGCAGGAGAGAAUUGGGCGCCUGGUGAACCGAUUGGACGACAUGAAGAAGACAGUGUGCGGGGAUGGAGUGUCUCGCUGCUUGCUGUGCGGGGAGCAGCUGGGCUCACCUGGGGUCAGCUCAGUGGUGUGUGAGGACUGCAAAAAGAGCAUGUGCUCUAAGUGUGGAAUACAGACUAACAGUCGACCACGGUCUGUGUGGCUUUGCAAGAUCUGCAAAGAGCAGCGAGAGGUGUGGAAGAGGUCUGGCGCCUGGUUCUUCAAAGGCUUUCCCAAGCACUUCCUGCCUGCACCGAUGCCAAUAUCUAAAGCCAAAGAGGCGGGCAGCCAGCAGGCUGCAGACCCCAAGGGGCAACCGGCCUCCGGGCCCCGGGAGGCGGCCGCCCAGCCACAACCACAAGGUCAGAGUCUGGCUCGCACCUCUGAGCAGCAAACCAGAGGGUCAGAGACACAGGGUCGUGCUGGCUACCCACAAGUGGCCCCUAAACCAGCCGAGGUGCGUAUGGCUGCGGGCGGGGCCGGUCCUGGCUACGCUGACGGUGUUGCUGAGGGCAGCUCGGUGGUGAUGAAGAAGGCGACGCUCGUGCAGAGCUCCCGCCCACAGCCAGUUACAUCCGCUGCCACCGCCCAGCAAGGUGAGGGACCACCAUGAGACAAUCACCGAAGACUCUCCUGUGGUGCCCAUUGGUCACAUACAAAAAAAUGUGAGUCAGGGCCUCCUCCUGCGAUCCGCGAGGAGAGGAGGCAGCCUUCCCUUUCCAGCGCUCCCCCCGCCCGACAGCAACCUCCCCCAGCUGAGGAGGCGGAGGACAUAAAUGACUAUGACUCAGACGAAGCCACUACUCUCGGUUCUCUAGAGUUCAGCCUGCUUUAUGAGCAGGAAAGCAACAGCCUCCACUGUACCAUCCUCAAAGCCAAGGGACUGAAGCCCAUGGAUUCAAACGGACUGGCAGAUCCCUAUAUUAAACUUCAUCUGCUACCAGGCGCCAGUAAGUCAACAAAGCUGCGCACAAAGACCCUGAGGAACACCCGCAACCCUGUGUGGAAUGAAACUCUCACCUACCACGGACUCACGGAUGACGACAUGCAGCGUAAGACCCUCAGGCUUUCUGUUUGUGACGAGGACAAGUUCGGGCAUAAUGAAUUUAUCGGGGAAACCCGCGUGGCGCUGAAGAAGCUCAAGACUGACCAGAAGAAAAACUUCAACGUGUGUCUAGAGAGAGCUAUCCCUACGAAAAGAACCGGCACAGCCGGGGGGGCACGAGGCAUCGCGCUCUACGAAGAUGAGACAGGAAAAGAUAAUGCCGAGGUCGAGGAACGUGGCCGGAUCCUGGUCUCCCUCAUGUACAGCUCCCAGCAGAGCCGUCUCAUUGUGGGCAUCGUGCGCUGUGUUCACCUGGCUGCCAUGGAUGCAAAUGGCUAUUCGGACCCAUUUGUCAAAAUAUUUCUGAAACCUGACAUGGGGAAGAAGGCUAAGUGCAAAACACAGACAAAGAAAAAGACCCUCAACCCAGAGUUCAACGAGGAAUUCGGCUAUGACAUUAAACACAGUGAACUUGCCAAGAAGACUCUAGAUAUCUCCGUGUGGGACUAUGAUAUUGGAAAAUCAAACGACUAUAUUGGUGGCUGUCAGCUGGGUAUCACUGCCAAAGGAGAGAGACUGAAGCACUGGUACGAGUGUCUGAAGAACAAGGACAAGAAGAUCGAGCGUUGGCACACCUUGAUGAAUGAGAAUCACAUUUCUAGUGAUUAA